CAAUCAUAACCAUAAACCGAACCGGUCUGUGAUUGCAAUGUAAAUCUCAGUUGGUAAAGCCCCUUUUCUCCUCUUUUCCCCUUUUCGGUUAAAUGAUUUUCUCCUCCGGCUUCGCACUCCACACAGAGAGAGCACAAACAGCGACUCUUCUACUCCCCAUCUCUUUUCCCUCACCAACUCCCUCCGUCGAUCCUCCGCCGUAAUAAGGUGCAGGAAUCUCCAAGGCGACCUCGUAUGUUGACUGUUAUUUAAUUUCCGAUUUGACCAUCUUUGAGCAUUUGGUGGGGCGUAUAUAUACACACACACACGUAUACAUAUCUCUGUGUAUCCUUCAUGCCGAUUAAAUUCGUUUUGAGCUGAAUCGAAGAUGGGCCAGAAGAAGAAACCCCACGCGCCUCGCUCCAAGCAAUCGCUGUCUCCUUCGGCGGCGGCGACAGAGGUUGAGCCGUCUGAGGUUUCCGCUUGUACCUUCUAUGAGGGCGGAUUUUCUGGACCGGCAGCUAUUGCCGAGCCGUCCGAUUUGGCUGUGAUCAAGCUCGAGUGCGAGAAGGCACUGACAUCAUUCCGGCGGGGAAGCUACACCAAGGCGAUUCGGCUCAUGAAAGAUUCAUGUUCUCGCCACCAAGACUCUGCCCUAAUUCACCGUGUGCAGGGAACUGUGUGCGUCAAGGUCGCUUCUGUCUUCGAAGAUCUAGCUACGAAACAGAGGUAUCUGCGUAAUGCAAUUGAAUCUGCUAGAAAAGCUGUGGAGCUAUCUCCCAACUCUAUUGAGUUUGGGCAUUUCUAUGCUAAUCUGCUUUACGAGGCUGCUAACGAUGGUAGAGAGUAUGAGGAGGUUGUGCAAGAGUGCCAACGAGCUCUCUCGAUUGAGAAUCCAAUCGAUCCUGCCAAAGACAGUCUUCAGGAUGAGAAUCAGCAGAAGCUAUUGACACCCGAGGCUCGUAUUGCAAAUGUGCAGGAUGAGCUCAGGUCACUUGUACAGAAAUCUAAUAUUGCUUCAUUGUCCACUUGGAUGAAAAACCUGGGAAAUGGUGAAGAGAAAUUUCGGUUGAUCCCCAUCAGGAGGAUGGCCGAGGAUCCGAUUGAGAGUAACUUGAUCCAGGCCAGGAGGCCAAAUGAGAUUAAGAAAGCUACCAAGACUCUUGAAGAGAGGAGGAAAGAGAUUGAAGUGAGGGUAGCUGCAGCUAGGUUGUUGCAGCAGAAGUCAGAGUCUUCCCCGUCUGAUAACGUAGGAACUGUAAACCAUAAGGGGUCAGAUCCAUCGUUAGGCGCGGGGCAGAGAAGCGGGGAGAGGAGAAAGCAUGGAAACGCAAGGAGAAACGGCUCCACAGCUGAGAGAAGGGAUCGGGUUAAGUCGUACUGGGAUUGUAUGAGCAGAGAGAUGAAGAAAGAGUUGCUUAGAGUUAAAGUUAGUGAUCUUAAGAGUCACUUUAUUGCAUCAAAGGAUGGCAAUGCAAAUGAGAUUAUAAGUGAAGCUCUGUCCUUUUGUGAGGCUAAUAAGACUUGGAGGUUCUGGGUUUGUUGCCGGUGUAGUGAAAAGUUCAUGGAUUGUGAGGCUCAUAUGCAGCAUAUUGUGCAGGAGCACAUGGGUAACGUGUUACCUAAGAUGCAAAUGGUUCUGCCUCAAAGUCUCGACAGUGAGAGGAUUGAGAUGCUUCUUAGCUCCCAAUGGAAACCAUUGGAUCUUUCUGCUGCGGUGAAGUUGCUUUGCAGUCAGCAGAAAAUCCAAAAAUCUGAGUUUAAUGAGUUUCAUUCUGGGGAUAAUAUGGAAGAUGAUGACGACUUCUUUAAGGAUGCAUGGAAUGAUACUUCACCAGAGAAAGAAAACCUUGCAGAUACUUGCAACGGUUGUGAUGAGAAUGAGACUGAAGAGGGUAAGCUGUUGCUUCCAUUUCAUCUUCCUGAUGCAUGGCCUAUAUCUGACGAUCCUGAACGUUCAAAGCUCCUUGCAAAAAUUCGUGCAGCCUUUGAGCUACUUAUCAGACACAAAUAUUUAGCUGCCAGCCAUCAUGAUAAGGUGAUACAAUUUACUCUGGAUGAACUCCAUAAUCUACCCUCGGCUUCACAACUCUUAAAUGGUUUAGGUCAGUCACCUAUAUGCAUUUGCUUUUUGGGAGCUACCCAGCUCAGCAAAAUUCUCAAAUUCCUGCAAGACUUAUCACAGGCCUGUGGGUUGAGUCGAUAUUCUGAACAAAGUAACCCAAACGAUGAAGUUAAUAAUUUUGGCGACAUAGGUCUUGAAGUUACAGAGGAGAUUCUUCUUGAUGAUGAAAAUUCAUGUCUUCUUCUUGAUGAAAAAUUACUUGGCACUGAGUGUAUCCAAGAGAAGUAUAUAGGCUCACCAUUGAGUAAUGGAGCUAUGGCAAGAUCUGGAGAUAUUGCUUAUGGCAAUAAUGUGUCCUCUGGUGCGGAUGGAUUUCUUUCAUGGAUCUUCACAGGACCCUCUAGCGGGGAACAAAUUGCGUCAUGGAUGCGCAUAAAGGAAGAGAAAACGAAUCAAGGGCUGGAGAUGAUGCAGAUUCUUGAAAAGGAGUUCUGUCACUUGCAGAACCUCUGCGAGAGAAAAUGCGAGCACUUAAGCUACGAGGGAGCGCUGCAGACUGUUGAGGACCUUUGUCUUGAUGAAGGUCGAAGGAGGGAGACUGCAGCAGAGUUUACCCAUGAAAGCUAUGAAUCUGUGCUGAGAAAACGAAGAAUAGAGCUAACUGAGAGUGACCAUGAGUUGGUGUUUAUCAGUAAUAGAUUUGAGUUGGAUGCUAUAACAAAUGUUUUGAAAGAUGCAGAAUCUCUUAACCAUAACCAAUUUGGAUAUGAAGAAUCAUAUGCCGGCACAAGUUCUCAUCUUCGUGAUCUGGAAUCUGGGGAAACUGAUGAAUGGGGGAUGAAGGAUUCCUUUAAUGAGGCUGACAGUUUCAUAGAGAUUGCAAUCCAGAAACAGAAAGAGCAAUUGUCUGCAGAGCUUAGCAGAAUCGACGCCCAAAUGUUGCGCAAUGUUACUGGGAUGCAGCAGUUGGAGCUCAAGCUUGGACCUGUUUCCUCCAAUGAUUAUCAGAUAGUACUUUUACCGUUGGUGAAGUCCUAUAUGCGGGCACAUCUGGAGGCAUUGGCAGAGAAAGAUGCCACUGAGAAGUCUGAUGCUGCAAGCGAAGCAUUACUUGUUGAGCUUGCUCUUGAUUCUAAGAAGGAAGCCCGAGGAAGAAAUGAUAAUUCGAAACACACACAGGAAAAAUCCAAGGAUAAAAAAAGGAUUAAAGACACCAAAAAACUGAAGGAUUUGAAGGCUACUAUUGGAAACGACCAUUACAUCAAUGAUGAUUCUACUGAACUCAGCCUCCGUUCGGUUGCAUCUUAUGGUGAUCAUUCAGAGGCUGAAAUUUUUUCUGAAGCUGUUGAAGCUUUAAAAGAGCAGGAAGAGGAAUACAGACGCCGAAUAGAGCUAGAGGAAGAGGAGAGGAAGCUUGAAAAUACUCUAGAGUAUCAAAGAAGAAUUGAGAAUGAAGCCAAGGAGAAGCACAUUGCAGAACAACAAAAGAAAUACAGCUCUUUAACUCCGAUGAAUGUUGCAGGGGAAGUGUAUAAUGUUUGUACAGAUAAUGUCGUUGAUGUUAUAGAUUUACAAGAACAAGAAAAAUCCGUGAGUCAGCAGGAGAACUUGGUUCAAAGGAAUGGACUGCCCCGUGACUUGGAAGGAACCCGAGUGAAUAGAAAUGGUGAUGUUAGGUCAACAAAUCAUUGUGCGAUAUCUGAUGCUGCAACGGUGCAAGAAGUAAAAUCCCAAAAAGUAAUGGCUAAUGGGGUAGAUACUCAAGCUGGUUCUUUUCAAUCUGAGCAACGCAGUGGGAGGAGGGGUAGACGCCAAAAAGCUAACAAGUUAGUUGAUGAAAAACAUCUGGUUGCACCUUCUGAGAGCAAAAAUAGUGAAUCUAGCAUUGGUGAUGCGGGAACAAAGACAUUGAGACAGUUACAAGCUGAAGAGGAUGAAGAAGAAAGGUUUCAAGCUGACCUUAAAAAGGCUGUGCGUCAAAGCCUUGAUGUGUACCAAGGAGGUAGAUAUAUCACUGGAGGUUUGAGGACACCUUUGGAAGUAAAGAAUGAUGGGCUUUUAUUCGAUGUCACAAAGGAGUCUCAGAGCUCGACCGGAGUUACCAUAUUUGGCACAGGUCUUCAGAACGAAGUUGGUGAAUAUAACUGCUUUCUAAAUGUUAUCAUACAGUCUCUAUGGAAUCUGGGGAUGUUUCGGGCUGAGUUCUUGCAGAGUUCAACACUAGGGCAUCAUCACGUCGGAGAUCCUUGUGUUGUCUGCUCACUGUAUGAAAUUUUUACUGCUUUAAGCGUUGCUUCGAGUGAAACAAGAAAAGAACCUGUGGCUCCUUCAUCUCUCAGGAUUGCUUUGAGUAAAUUGUAUCCAGAUAGCAGUUUCUUCCAAGAGGCUCAGAUGAACGAUGCUUCAGAAGUGUUGGCUGUGAUUUUUGACUGCCUUCAUCGCUCAUUUGCUCAAAGCUCAAGCGUGUCUGACACAGAAUCUUCUGGGAGCAACUGCACGGGUUCAUGGGACUGUGCCAACCUCACAUGUAUCGCCCAUUCUCUGUUUGGAAUGGAUAUUGUUGAGCAACUAAAUUGCUACAGCUGUGGGCUGGAGUCCAGGCAUAUGAAAUACACUUCCUUCUUCCAUAACAUCAACGCUAGUGCCCUACGGACCAUGAAGGUUACAUGCGCUGAGAAUUCAUUUGACGAACUUCUAAAUCUUGUCGAGAUGAACCAUCAACUAGCCUGUGAUCCUGAUGCUGGUGGGUGUGGGAAACUCAACCAUAUCCACCAUAUACUCACCACUCCGCCACAUGUUUUUACUACAGUUUUAGGGUGGCAAAACACAUGCGAGACAGUAGAAGACAUAGCAGCUACUCUUGCAGCCUUGAAUACCGAAAUAGACAUAAGCAUCAUGUACCGUGGUGUGGACCCUAAGUGCAUAUAUAGAUUAGUGUCCGUGGUUUGCUAUUAUGGACAGCAUUAUCAUUGCUUUGCGUAUAGUCAUGAACACGAUCAGUGGAUCAUGUACGAUGACAAAACCGUGAAGGUUAUCGGUAGCUGGAGUGAUGUACUUUCUACGUGUGAGAGAGGACACUUGCAACCACAGGUUCUUCUCUACGAGAAACAACGUUAAAUCAUAAAGAAAAAGGAAAUAUACAAAAAGCCAGAGCAAGUGGAGAUCUGUUGCUACAAUUUUGGAGAUCUCCCAAGUACAUACUACAAAAGAAGUAAGUACUUUUUUUGACAAUCAGAGCGAAAACUCAGAGAGGAAGAAAUGUGAUUAAUUCAUCAGUGGUUCUAUGAGGAUGGGGGGGAAGAAGAUUUUGUGUUAUGUUUUCAUUACAAGAGGUCUUACAAGAUCGUAUGUAGUUUUUUUUUAGUUAUAGCAUUGUCACAUGAAAGAUUAUAUGUUCAUAUAAAUUUAUGCAGCAUUCUUUUUAUUUUGCCCGCCAUCACUAUACAUCAUAUCAUCUUGACUUCUAGCAAAAUAGAAGAAAGGUUUGCAUAAACUCCAAUCCAAUAUAAAGUUACCUAUCAUCCAUC